UGUCACUUUAUUUUCAGAGAUCAAGCCGAAGAAGAAGAAGGGCAAAAAGAAGGCGGAAGAAGUGGUCGAAGUGGUUCGAAAAACAAGCAGUGAACAGUUCCAGUGGUCUGAGGAAUCUUUAGUUGGGGAAGAACAGCAGAAAGUUGAAGAGGAGGAAGUUGAAACGAAAAAGAAGAAAGGCAAAAAGGGAAAGAAAGGAAAGGAAGUGGAAGAAAUUCCCGCCUUUGAAAAGCCCAAAAAUUGGAAAAGUAUGAAUAAGAAGGAGAGGGACGCAUGGCUUCAGCAGCGUAUAGAAGAAUGGAGAGCGGAGAAAGAAGCAGAAAAACAAGCUAUUUUAGCUGGAGCGAAGGAGAAAAGACUAGCCCUGGCGCGAGAAAGAGCAGAAUUGAUGGCAAAAGACAAUGCCGAGAUGGAGAUAAGAAGAGAUUUAUUGGCAAAGACGUGCGUUUUGUUUCAUAAAUUUGAAAAACAGAAAAUUGAUUAUGCCAGAAAAAAACAACUAGAAGCAGAGUGGCAACAAUACCUCCGUUGUGACGGUCUUCCAGAUCCGAGGGUUGUGACGCAAAUGAAUACGUACCUCCAUCUAUGGCAGAAGGCAGCCUGUGAUGAUAAUGAGUUGGAGAUCAGAUGCAGGGAUGCGCUACCGAUGCUGGCGAUGCUGGAAGAGAUUGUGGCAAACUCUCGUCAAUAUACGGCACUACAAGCGCAGUCUUAUAAUGAGGUGCGAAUAGCCCUUCGUGAACAACUAUCCCAAGCUAUCCAAUGCGCUUCCUAUUCCCUCCUACGGGAUUUGGAACACUGUUUGGUCUGGGACUCCAUACAGCUAGCAACGUAUGGAAGAGAGUUCAAUGGCCUAAUGCUAAAUAUUUGGGUUGCCAUACCCUUGCCUACCAGGAAACGGAAACCAGUGGAACCUGAUCCAGAACCAGUUGAGUUGACAUUUCCCGCGAUACGUGUAGGAGUCAAGUUGCCAAAGAUUAUAGACGGUUCCAAUGUGUGCGUGCGUGCAGCCCGGUCUAUGGUAGAUCUUUUAAGUGAAAGUUCUAGAUCUUUUGCUUUAGCGGCUGAGAUGCCUAAUAGAUAUGAAGAUCUAUUCAUAUUUAACGUAAAAGAGCAUACAGAAACAUACAAAAUCAAGAAAGACCAGGAUGUUAUUAGAACAGCAUUUUACAAAGAUAUCAAAGAGAAAAUAACAGAAGUUGAGAAGUUUUUGAAAGCGAAUCCUUACACAAAAAAUGAAAAAGAGAAGGAAGAAUUGGAUAAUUUGAAUAUGGCUGAGCCACCAUUCUUGCCGGACCCAAGAACAUAUAUCGGGGAACAAAACGAAUUUGCAACGGCGUUUUAA